AUGGGUCCUUUCCCAUUGGAACCCUACCGUUCCACGCGUCUCCUCUAUCGCGCACCAGAGGACAACCCAACAGACGAUGCAUUCUUCCAAGCUCUCUAUGCCGACCCUUCAGUCGGAUCUAUGGCUUCCACCGCCCUCAUACGCCCGCUCAGCACCAAGGAGCGGAAGGAGUUGCGAGCAAAGCUCGAAGCUAUAAUGUUCAUGUCAGUCAUGAUAUGUAUCAUCCCAGAUGAGGGCUCCGAUAAGGUGCCCGAGACAAUUGGUGUGAUCUCAUUGAAAGAGCAAGCUCCUGACUUCACACAUAAUCGCACACACGAGCUCGCGAUUACUAUUGCGCGCCAGUACCAGGAUAAGGGGUAUGGGCCUGAGGCUAUCUCGUGGAUGCUGGAUUGGUCAUUUUUGACUGCGGGGCUGCAUCGCGUUGAGCUAACGGUCUCCGAGUGGAACGAGAGGGCACAGAAGGUGUACCAAAAGCUUGGCUUUGUACUUGAGGGACGGAGGAGGGAGUGUUUGUGGAAGGGUGGGAGGUGGUGGGAUCUUAUCCAUAUGGGCAUUUUGGCGCAUGAGUGGAAGGCUGCUGGUUCCUAA